AUGACCGUCGAUACCGACCUUCUCACCUCUCUCAUGUCCUCGCCACACACGGCCAACCCCGAGUCCAGGGGUCACUACAACAUGGCUUCCCCCUUCAACUUUUCCCAGUCGUUGCCCAUCCGACAGCACUCGUUCGACUAUAGCAUGCCCUCUCCGCUGUCUACGAGCAUCAACGUCGCAGAACACCUGCGCAACAGCUCCCUCUACGGCGCCCCCGUCAAAUUCGGCAACGAGCACCCUGAACCGCCCAUCAACCUCAAUUCAUCUUCCAACGACGUGCCCGACGGCCAGCGUUCCCGCUCCCAGUCGACGUCCAACGUCGGCAAGGCGCCUUCUUCGCGCUCGAGGCAGAGCCGCAAGUCCAUGACCGACGUUCGACCGCCCCGCGGCUCUAUUCAGCGUGGCCGCAGCCAAGGUCCCGGAACGGGCAAACCGAUGGGCCUUGGAGUCGAUCUCGACACUCACGUCGAAGGCGAGCUCACAGACUCAAUCUCGCCGCCCGAUUUUGGUGCCAAUGCGACCUUUGGCCUCGCUAUUCCUCGCCACGACAGUAUCAACACUGACGCUGGCUCCUGGUCUGGCAGCGUGCCGAGCAUGGUUCCCGGCUCGCUCGGCAGUUAUGAUAAUGACGAUGUCAUUGUCGAGUCCCCCCUCACCCCUGUCAAGUCACUUCCCAACCUUCCGCCCGUAGAUGACAGCUACAAGAAGCAGAGGCGAAGGGAGUGUCACAACCUCGUCGAAAAAAGGAGACGCGAGCACAUCAAUGCCAAGAUUGAGGAGCUGAACACCCUGCUGCCCGAAAAGUAUAAUCAGGCCGUGGACCAGCCUGACGAGGAAGAGGAAGAGGAGAAGGCGGCCAAGAAGAAGAAGAAGAGGGGUGCCAACACUGUGUCAAAGGCACAGAAGGACGCUGCCCAUUGCAAGGGGCGGAUCCUUACCCAAAGUGUCAACUAUAUUCGCGAGUUGCGCGAGACUGCCGACACCCAAGCUGGUCGUAUUGCGCACUUGGAAGCCGUCAUCGCAGGCCUCGGCAUCAGCGGCGAGACCAUCCACGACGCACCCGCUCAAAACUUUGCCCAGAAUCAAGAUCCUCUCUUCUGGCUUAAUGGCCAGCACAACGGCGGCACCUUUGAAAACUCUGGGCACCAGCUCCAGGCCAUGCGUCCUUCCCCGGAACCCGCCGACCGGCCUUUUUCCUUUGAUAUCCCUGCCGAAAAGCCCUGGUCGGCGCAUCAAGAGUACAUGCCCUUCCAUCCGUCCCCGUCGAGCACAGACCAGUCUUCUGCCACCUCUGCACACCCCGCCUACCCCUUCUCUUCCCUCCGCCGAAUGAGCCACUCCACCAGCAGUGAUAUGUCCUCGCCGCUGGAUGAGGGGGACAGAGGAAGACCAAAGGGCAGGGGGGUGAGGCAGGACUCACAGGCAGAGCUGCAGAUGGGUAUGUCCGGGCUCUUCUCUGGGCACGGCCAGGCCAGGGACGCGUCCACCGGGUCGAUCUGGUAG